UGACGAAUGCACCAAGCUUGGCUGGUUUUGUUUUGGCCGCGCAGAAGCUGCAAUGGCUAAUCUGGUUUGGAUGCCAAGUGCGCCAAUCAAACGGCCGGACGGGCCCAACUUGCAUGGGCUCUGGACUCUGGAGGACCCGGAGCUUACGUCAAUGCGACCAGGAUGUGCCCCCCAUUCGAACUUUGCUUUUUUUAAUUCGCUUUUUUUUUUUUCUUUUUCUUUUUUCCCUUUUUCCCUUUUUCCUUUUACACUUUUCCCCUAUUGUUUAGGAGGCGUCUUAUCGGCCCUAUCAGCAUCGAUUGUCCUUCUAUUAUUAUUGCAAAUUCAAGACAUCGAUGUCCUUGCCGGUCACCUGGUUGUCUACGGUGCUUCGCAUCGCUGCGACAGUGGGAGACCGCAUGCCCGCUCGUAGGGCAAAGGUCUAAUCUGGUUGACGGUUGGAAUGCCGAUCGCGAAGUCGAUGGCAGAUGGUGCGACUGACACGGGCUGGACCGUCGUCUACUGCGCUCGGGAUAUUUCAGUCUGUGUUUAGGGGGGAGGUCUCUGUGCGCCGUGGACUCAGGGAGGAUUCUAGACUAUAUUACGGGGUACGGGAUACGGUGCCGAAUUCCUUCACUUUAAUGAAAGUGGAUUGACGAAGGGUGUCGAAAUGGUCAAUG